GUCCAGGAACUUCCGGUUCCCGUUUCAAGAAACCAUGUCCUUGGUCGGGUCUGAUCGUCGCUUGACGAGGUUGUUACUCGUCGUCGUCGGCAUUUCGAACGUUGUUUCUGCCGUGAUCAAGGGGAACACUGAUUAUCAGCAGUAUCAGCAACAGUUUCCUGGAGAACGUUUCUCAAAGGAUUUUUAUCGCACGGAUUUCAAGAAUGGCUUGUUUAAUACUUACAGACGUUUUAAACCAGUCACAGAUUGCAUGUUUGUUACAUCAGAGCCGGGAUCCUUUAUAUACACUUCAGAAAGCAACGACGAAAAGGUUUGCGGAAUUUAUUUUCUGGCCGGUCCUGAUGAAAAAGUGGAGGUUAAUUUCAUCAGCUUCGACGUGCCCUGCGAACACCAUGGACUUGUCUCGGUGGUCGAUGGCUGGGAAUUAAACGGCGAGGUGUUCCCCAGCGAAAUAGAUCAUCGAUUGCCGCUCAAGCAGAGGAGCACUGAAUUCUGUGGUAAAAAUGUCGGCAUGAAAAGAACGUUCGUUAGCUCGCAGAACGUUGCCGUCAUACAAUACAGAAUUCCAAAAGCUGGAAAGGGUUUCACUUUGCUGGCUAGAUUUAUAAAAAAUCCUAGACCCUGCAACGUCCUGGCAACGCGCAUAAGCGAACCAUUUACGCUUCGUAAUUACGGCAGACGGAUAAAUUGCACCUACGUAGCGCUGUAUCCAGGAAACGUCCAAGUAAUCGCGCUGGAGGUCGGCGUAUCUAAUUUCCUUGGUUCCGUUCGCACCACUGAAACUGGAACUUUGCAGAAAUGUGAGGAAACCAGUCCAAACGACCGAGUGGUAAUAGGAGGUAGCUACGGCUUGGACACGUCUAAAGUUCAGAUAGUUGAUUCUAUUUGUGGAAUAGAUUCUAAACCAGAUUAUCACGAGCUGGUGGAGUACGGUGUCACCUCUGUGCGAUUAAUAUCGAGCGGUUUCUUCGAGAACUCAGUCACUGUUGAAAUUCAGCCGCUCAAAGAUGACUUAUUCGACACGAAUAUUAGUAUUUAAUCGCUGUACACCAUGAAAACUUCAUCGUUGCCGCUUGAAGUUAUGUAACUUCAUUGUAAAUUGCAUUUAUUAUCAAAAUGAAUCUGACAAAGGUCCCAAGAUUUUAGUCUACUCGAGAAAUCAAUUCGUUGAAUCCCUUUAAAUUAUACAAAUAUACUUUGGAUCUUGCUGUUAUACUUUAUAAAUAAAUAUAAUAUAUAUAAAUUAUUUAUUAAUAUAUAUAUAUGUAUAUAUAUUAAUAAUCAAUUAUUAAAUUACUAUUUUUUAAUAUAAUUUAAAUAACCUCUUGUGUGAGUGGAUGUAUUUUAUUGCGAGAUCAUUUUUUAUUAUUUAAUGCUCAAAUCUUGGAAGUCUGCAUUGAGUGUAAAAAUAAUUUAUGUUUCACGUUCUUUCUCUGAAACGAUUCAUGAUUCGAUAGAGCGUAUAACUUGUGAUAAAUGGAUUUCAAUACGUGUUGAAUGUGUAGAUCUCUGUCAAUAGUAUAAA